CUGACCUGCGACUUGGUUGCUUCUCGUCUCCUCUGCGUCCUCCCUCCCACAGCGGCCGCUCGGCCCCACCCUCUUGUCCCACUCCCUGCGGGUCUUCCCGGGCCGCUCUGGCCCGAGCAUCCCCUCAUCUCUCUGAUCUGGUUCAUCCGGCUCCGGAGGGAGGCGCGGGUGGGUGAGCAAGGAAAUGCGUCUAUGGGGUCCAGGCCCAAGCCCCUGAAGACGGGCACCGCCCCCGGCACCCGCUCGCGCCCCGCCCCCGACUGGAGCGUUCUCUCCUGGACCAUCCCGGCCUGCCUUGGACCGGCUCGCACCCUCUAUGUAGGCCCCCGCCUGGCUGUAGAGCCCUUCGCCCUCUGGGGACCCACCCGUUCAUAAGGUCCGUUUCGGUCUACAGCGGCCCGCGUCUGUAACUGCUGGACACCGUUUAUGGGGUCGGCCAGCCUAUGGGGGCCCGUGUCUGUAAGGGACUCCCACGAUCCCUAGGGGUCAGUCCCGCCCAUAACGACCUCAUUUACAGGGUCUUCCCUGGAUCUACAGGGUCCACCCUUCGGCUUCUAGAGCCGGUCAACAGCGGCGGUUCCCUUCUCGGGAACUGCGACGCCUGGACCCCCCCGGUCUACAAGGCCAUGUCCCGUCUAUAGAGGUCGCAUUUGCAGGGCCUCUCAGGGGCUUUAAGGCCCGUCCCAUCCGUAAGGGCCAGUGCGGGAGGCAGCAAUGGCUGUGGGCCAGGCUCUGGCCACGGCGCUGGCUCUAUCUUUGGCCGUGCUGGGGCCGCUGUCCCCUGGGGCCCUGGCGGGGGACUGCAAGGGGCAGCGGCAAGUGCUGCGGGAGGCGCCAGGCUUCGUGACGGAUGGUGCGGGCAACUACAGCGUGAAUGGCAAUUGCGAGUGGCUCAUCGAGGCCCCAAGCCCCCAGCACCGGAUCCUGCUGGACUUCCUUUUUCUGGACACGGAAUGCACAUACGACUACCUGUUCGUGUAUGACGGUGACUCCCCCCGUGGGCACCUGCUUGCCAGUCUGAGUGGGAGCACCCGGCCUCCGCCCAUUGAGGCUUCCUCUGGCAAGAUGCUGCUGCACCUCUUCAGCGAUGCCAACUACAACCUGCUGGGCUUCAACGCUUCGUUCCGCUUCUCCCUGUGCCCAGGUGGCUGCCGCAGCCAUGGGCAGUGCCGGCCCCCGGGGGUGUGUGCCUGUGAGCCAGGCUGGGGGGGCCCUGACUGUGGCCUGCAGGAGUGUCCAGCCUACUGUGGCAGCCAUGGCACCUGUGCCUCGCCCCUGGGACCAUGCCUCUGUGAGCCUGGCUUCCUGGGACGCGCCUGUGACCUGCACCUGUGGGAGAACCAGGGGGCUGGCUGGUGGCACAACGUGAGUGCUGGGGACCCUGCCUUUUCUGCCCGAAUUGGGGCGGCUGGUGCCUUCCUGUCCCCACCCGGGCUGCUGGCUGUUUUUGGAGGCCAGGACCUGAACAGAGCCCUGGGUGACCUCGUCCUGUACAACUUCUCUGCCAACACCUGGGAACGCUGGGACCUGAGUCCUGCCCCGGCUGCCCGUCACUCCCAUGUGGCUGUGGCCUGGGCCGGCUCCCUGGUGCUGAUGGGCGGUGAACUGGCUGAUGGCUCUCUCACCAGCGAUGUGUGGGCUUUUAGCCCCCAAGGUGGGGGCCACUGGGAGCUCCUGGCACCACCUGUUUCUAGCUCCUUGGGGCCUCCAGGCCUGGCAGGUCAUGCGGCUGCCCUAGUGGACGACAUCUGGCUCUAUGUGUCUGGUGGCCGCACCCAGCACGACCUCUUCUCCUCUGGCCUCUUCCGUUUCCGUCUUGACAGCACCAGUGGGGGCUACUGGGAGCAGGUGAUUCCGGCAGGUGGGCGGCCUCCUGCUGCCACCGGCCACUCCAUGGUGUUCCAUGCCCCCUCUCGCACCCUGCUGGUUCAUGGUGGACACCGACCCUCCACUGCCCGGUUCUCUGUGCGGGUGAACUCCACUGAGCUCUUCCAUGUGGAUCGACGCGUGUGGACGACCCUGAAGGGCAGGGAUGGGCUUCAGGGCCCACGAGAGCGAGCCUUCCACACGGCCAGUGUCCUGGGCAACUACAUGGUGGUCUAUGGGGGCAACGUGCACACCCAUUACCAGGAGGAAAAGUGCUAUGAAGACGGCAUCUUCUUCUACCACCUGGGCUGUCAUCAAUGGGUGUCAGGGGCUGAGCUUGCCCCCCCAGGAACCCCUGAGGGCCGAGCAGCGCCUCCCAGUGGUCGGUACUCACAUGUGGCAGCUGUGCUUGGUGGCAGCGUCCUGUUGGUGGCUGGGGGGUACAGUGGCCGUCCUCGCGGGGACUUGAUGGCCUACAAGGUGCCCCCCUUUGUGUUCCAGGCACCUGCCCCGGAUUACCACUUGGACUAUUGCUCCAUGUACACGGACCACAGUGUCUGCUCCCGAGACCCUGAAUGCAGUUGGUGUCAGGGGGCCUGCCAAGCUGCUCCACCUCCUGGGACCCCCUCGGGGACUUGUCCAGCUGCCAGCUGCCUGGGCCUGGGCCGCCUCCUGGGCGACUGCCAGGCCUGCCUGGCCUUCAGCAGCCCUGCGGCUCCUCCCCGGGGGCCUGGCGCCCUGGGCUGGUGUGUGCACAACGAGAGCUGCCUUCCUCGGCCUGAGCAGGCCCGCUGCCGAGGGGAGCAGAUCUCAGGCACUGUGGGCUGGUGGGGGCCUGCGCCUGUCUUUGUCACAUCCCUGGAGGCCUGCAUCACCCAGAGUUUCCUGCCUGGCCUGCACCUGCUCACCUUCCAGCAGCCACCCAACGCCUCCCAGCCUGACAAGGUCUUGAUUGUCCGCAGUACGACCAUCACUCUGACACCCAGCCCAGAGACCGAUGUGUCCCUGGUCUACCGUGGCUUCAUCCACCCACUGCUGCCGGGAGGGCCAGGUGGGCCUGGGGCCGAGGACGUGGCCGUGUGGGCCCGGGCCCAGCGCCUACAUGUCUUGGCUCGGAUGGCCCGUGGCCCUGACACGGAGAACAUGGAGGAGGUGGGGCGCUGGGUGGCUCAGCAGGAGAAGGAGACGAGGCGGCUGCAGCGCCCGGGGUCUGCUCGUCUCUUCCCACUGCCUGGCCGGGGCCACAAGUAUGCGGUAGAGAUCCGGGGCCAGCUCAAUGGCUCGGCGGGCCCUGGGCACAGCGAGCUCACCCUGCUGUGGGACCGGACUGGUGUGCCAGGCGGCAGUGAGAUCUCCUUCUUCUUCCUGGAGCCCUACCGCUCGUCAGCCUGCGCCUCCUACUCCUCCUGCUUCGGCUGCUUGGCAGACCAGGGCUGUGGCUGGUGCCUGACCAGUGCCACCUGCCACCUGCGCCAGAGUGGGGCCCACUGCGGGGCCGAUGGAGCUGGUGGGUCCCUGCUGGUGCUGGUGCCUGCCCUCUGCCCACUGUGUGAGGAGCAUCGCGACUGCCAUGCCUGCACCCAGGACCCCUUCUGCGAGUGGCAUCAGAGCACCAGCCGCAAAGGGGACGCGGCGUGCAGCCGGCGGGGCCGGGGGCUGGGUGCCCUGAAGAGCCCGGAGGAGUGUCCCCCACUCUGCAGCCAGCGCCUGACCUGUGACGACUGCCUGGCCAACUCGAGCCAGUGCGCCUGGUGCCAGUCCACCCACACCUGCUUCCUGUUUGCCGCCUACCUGGCCCGGUACCCACAUGGGGGCUGCCGUGGCUGGGACGAUAGUGUGCACUCAGAGCCACGGUGCAGGAGUUGUGACCGCUUCCUGACCUGCCACGAAUGUCUGCAGAGCCAUGAGUGUGGCUGGUGUGGCAACGAGGACAACCCCACGCUGGGCCGGUGCCUCCAGGGGGACUUCUCUGGGCCCCUGGGUGGGGGUAACUGCUCCCUGUGGGUAGGGGAGGGCCUGGGGCUGUCCGUGGCCCUCCCUGCCCGCUGGGCAUAUGCCCGCUGUCCAGAUGUGGAUGAGUGUCGCCUGGGCCUGGCGCGGUGCCACCUGCAGGCGACCUGCCUGAACACGCCCCUCAGCUACGAGUGUCACUGCCAGCGGGGCUACCAGGGCGAUGGAGUCACACACUGCAGCCGCACGUGCCUGGAAGACUGUGGUCAUGGUGUGUGCAGUGGCCCCCCCGACUUCACCUGUGUGUGUGAUCUGGGCUGGACAUCGGACCUGCCCCCUCCCACGCCUGCCCCCGGACCUCCUGCCCCCCGCUGCUCCCGGGACUGUGGCUGCAACUUCCACAGCCACUGCCGCAAGCGGGGGCCCGGCUUCUGCGAUGAGUGCCAGGACUGGACGUGGGGGGAGCACUGUGAACGGUGCCGGCCCGGCAGCUUCGGCAACGCCACAGGCUCUGGCGGCUGCCGGCCCUGUCAGUGCAACGGGCAUGGGGACCCACGCCGAGGCCACUGUGACAACCUCAGCGGGCUCUGCUUCUGCCAGGACCACACUGAGGGUGCCCACUGCCAGCUCUGCUCCCCUGGAUACUACGGGGACCCCCGGGCCGGUGGCUCCUGCUUCCGGGAGUGUGGAGGUCGCGCCCUCCUCACCAACGUGUCCUCGGUGGCACUGGGCUCACGCCGUGUUGGGGGGCUGCUGCCUCCAGGUGGUGGGGCAGCGAGAACGGGGACAGGUCUAUCCUAUUGUGUGUGGGUUGUCUCAGCCACCGAGGUGCUCCAGCCCUGUGCCCCGGGGACCCUGUGUCCCCCACUCACCCUCACCUUCUCGCCUGACAGCAGCACCCCCUGCACGCUGAGCUACGUCCUGGCCUUUGAUGGAUUCCCGCGCUUCCUGGACACUGGUGUCGUCCAGUCGGAUCGUAGCCUCAUUGCCGCCUUCUGCGGCCAGCGGCGGGACAGGCCCCUCACUGUGCAGGCCCUAUCUGGGCUGCUCGUGCUGCACUGGGAGGCUAAUGGCUCCUCGUCCUGGGGCUUCAAUGCCUCAGUAGGCUCCGCCCGCUGUGGGUCAGGUGGCCCUGGGAGCUGCCCUGUCCCCCAGGAGUGUGUGCCCCAAGACGAGGCCGCAGGUGCUGGACUCUGCCGAUGUCCCCAGGGUUGGGCUGGCCCACACUGCCGCAUGGCUCUGUGUCCCGAGAACUGCAAUGCCCACAGUGGGGCAGGGACUUGUAACCAGAGCCUGGGCGUGUGCAUCUGUGCUGAGGGCUUCGGGGGCCCUGACUGUGCCACAAAGCUGGAUGGUGGGCAGCUGGUCUGGGAGACCCUCAUGGAUAGCCGCCUCUCAGCCGACACUGCUAGCCGCUUCCUGCACCGCCUGGGGCACACCAUGGUGGAGGGACCUGAUGCCACCUUGUGGAUGUUUGGGGGCCUGGGCCUGCCCCAGGGGCUCCUGGGAAACCUGUACAGGUACUCAGUGAGUGAGCGGCGGUGGACACAGAUGCUGGCAGGAGCUGAGGACGGGGGCCCAGGCCCCUCACCCCGCUCCUUCCACGCAGCCGCCUACGUGCCUGCUGGCCGUGGUGCCAUGUACCUGCUGGGGGGCCUCACAGCUGGGGGCGUCACCCGCGACUUCUGGGUCCUCAACCUCACAACCCUGCAGUGGCGGCAGGAGAAGGUCCCUCAGACCGUGGAGCUGCCAGCAGUUGCUGGUCACACCCUGACUGCCCGCCGAGGCCUGUCUCUGCUCCUGGUGGGCGGUUACUCCCCCGAAAAUGGCUUCAAUCAGCAGUUGCUUGAGUACCAGCUGGCGACUGGCACCUGGGUAUCUGGAGCCCAGAGUGGGACACCCCCCACAGGUCUCUAUGGUCAUUCUGCGGUGUACCACGAGGCCACCGACUCCCUCUACGUGUUUGGGGGUUUCCGUUUCCAUGUGGAGCUGGCAGCCCCAUCCCCUGAGCUCUACUCCCUGCACUGUCCUGACCGCACCUGGAGCCUGCUGGCCCCUUCGCAGGGGGCAAAGCCCCGCCCCCGACUUUUCCACGCCUCAGCCCUGCUAGGUGACACCAUGGUGGUCCUUGGGGGGCGCUCGGACCCCGACGAGUUCAGCAGCGAUGUUCUGCUCUACCAGGUCAACUGCAACGCCUGGCUCCUGCCCGACCUCACCCGCCCAGCCUCUGUGGGGCCUCCGAUGGAGGAGUCUGUGGCCCACGCUGUGGCGGCAGUGGGGGGCCGCCUGUAUAUCUCAGGGGGCUUCGGAGGAGUGGCCCUGGGCCGCCUGCUGGCUUUGACCCUGCCCCCUGACCCCUGCCGCCUGCUGCCCUCACCCGAAGCUUGUAACCAGUCUGGGGCCUGCACGUGGUGCCACAGGGCCUGCUUGUCCGGGGACCAAGCCCAUAGGCUGGGCUGUGGGGACCCCCCAUGCUCCCCAAUGCCUCGCUCCCCUGAGGAAUGUCGACGUCUCCGGACCUGCAGUGAAUGCCUGGCCCGCCAUCCCCGGACCCUUCAGCCUGGAGAUGGAGAGGCAUCUGCCCCCCGCUGUAAGUGGUGUACCAACUGCCCUGAGGGCGCCUGCAUCGGACGCAAUGGGUCCUGCACCUCAGAGAAUGACUGUCGGAUCAACCAGAGAGAAGUCUUCUGGGCAGGGAACUGCUCGGAGGCCGCGUGCGGGGCCGCAGACUGUGAGCAGUGCACCAGGGAGGGCAAGUGCAUGUGGACACGGCAGUUCAAGAGGACAGGGGAGACCCGCCGCAUCCUCUCAGUGCAGCCUACCUAUGACUGGACAUGCUUCAGCCACUCUCUGUUGAAUGUGUCCCCAAUGCCGGUGGAAUCAUCGCCCCCACUGCCCUGCCCCACCCCCUGUCACCUCCUGCCCAACUGCACCUCCUGCCUGGACUCCAAGGGUGCAGACGGGGGCUGGCAGCACUGUGUGUGGAGCAGCAGCCUCCAACAGUGUCUGAGCCCCUCCUACCUGCCCCUGCGGUGUAUGGCUGGAGGCUGCGGGCGGCUGCUCCGGGGACCCGAGAGCUGCUCCCUGGGCUGUGCGCAGGCGUCUCAGUGUGCCCUGUGCCUGCGGCGUCCCCACUGUGGCUGGUGUGCCUGGGGGGGCCAGGAUGGGGGCGGCAGCUGCCUGGAGGGUGGACUCAGCGGCCCCCGUGAGGGGCUGACCUGUGGGCGACCUGGGACCUCCUGGGCCUUCCUCUCCUGCCCCCCUGAGGACGAGUGUGCCAAUGGGCACCAUGACUGCAACGAGACGCAGAACUGCCACGACCGGCCCCACGGUUACGAGUGCAGCUGCAAGACGGGCUAUACCAUGGACAAUGUGACGGGGCUGUGCCGCCCCGUGUGUGCCCAGGGCUGUGUGAAUGGCUCAUGCGUGGAGCCUGACCACUGCCGCUGCCACUUCGGCUUUGUUGGCCGCAACUGCUCCACAGAGUGUCGCUGCAAUCGCCACAGCGAGUGUGCCGGCGUGGGGGCCCGUGACCACUGCCUGCUCUGCCGCAACCACACCAAGGGCAGCCACUGUGAGCAGUGUCUCCCACUGUUCGUGGGUUCAGCUGUGGGUGGUGGGACCUGCCGGCCCUGCCAUGCCUUCUGUCGUGGCAACAGCCACGUCUGUGUCUCCAGGAAGGAGCUCGAAAUGGCCAGGAGGGAGCCAGAGAAGUACUCGCUGGAUCCAGAGGAGAUUGAAAACUGGGUGACAGAGGGUCCUAGUGAAGACGAGGCAGUGUGUGUGAGCUGCCAGAAUAAUAGCUAUGGGGACAAGUGUGAGAGCUGCCUCCACGGCUACUUCCUCCUGGACGGGAAGUGCACCAAAUGCCAGUGUAAUGGCCAUGCGGAUACAUGUAACGAGCAGGACGGGACGGGCUGCCCAUGUCAGAACAACACGGAGACAGGCACGUGCCAGGGCAGCUCCCCCAGUGACCGCCGAGACUGCUACAAAUACCAGUGUGCCAAGUGCCGGGAGUCAUUCCACGGGAGCCCACUGGGUGGCCAGCAGUGCUACCGCCUCAUCUCCGUGGAGCAGGAGUGCUGCCUGGACCCCACGUCCCAGACCAACUGCUUCCACGAGCCCAAGCGCCGGGCCCUGGGCCCUGGCCGCACUGUCCUCUUUGGUGUGCAGCCCAAGUUCACCAAUGUGGACAUCCGCCUGACGCUGGACGUGACCUUUGGUGCCGUGGACCUCUAUGUCUCCACCUCCUACGACACCUUCGUAGUCCGUGUGGCCCCUGACACGGGUGUCCACACCGUGCAUAUCCAGCCUCCUCCACCCCCCCCACCCCCUCCACCGCCUGCUGACAGUGGGCCCCGGGGGACCGGGGAUCCAGGAGGACCAGGGCCCGGGACUGUCCCGGGCACCACAGCGGAGCCACGGGUGCGGGAGGUGUGGCCACGGGGCCUGAUCACCUAUGUGACAGUGACGGAGCCCUCAGCAGUGCUGGUGGUCCGCAGCGUGCGGGACCGGCUGGUCAUCACCUACCCGCAUGAGCACCAUGCUCUCAAGUCCAGCCGCUUCUACCUGCUGCUGCUGGGUGUGGGAGACCCAAAUGGGCCCGGCGCCAACGGUUCAGCCGAUUCACAGGGCCUGCUCUUCUUCCGGCAGGACCAGGCCCACAUCGACCUGUUUGUCUUCUUCUCUGUCUUCUUCUCCUGCUUCUUCCUUUUCCUCUCACUCUGCGUACUCCUCUGGAAGGCCAAGCAGGCCCUGGACCAGCGGCAGGAGCAGCGCCGGCACCUGCAAGAGAUGACCAAGAUGGCCAGCCGGCCCUUCGCCAAGGUCACCGUCUGCUUCCCUCCCGACCCUGCUGCCCCAGCACCCACCUGGAAGCCAGCCGGGCUCCCACCACCCACCUUCCGCCGCUCCGAGCCCUUCUUGGCACCCUUGUUGCUGACAGGGGCUGGUGGGCCCUGGGGACCCGUGGGAGGGGGCUGCUGCCCACCAGCCAUCCCUACCACCACUGCUGGCCUGCGAGCCGGGCCUAUCACCCUUGAGCCCACCGAAGAUGGCAUGGCCGGUGUGGCCACACUGCUGCUCCAGCUACCUGGUGGGCCCCACGCACCCAAUGGCGCCUGCCUGGGGUCAGCCCUUGUCACAUUGCGGCACAGACUGCAUGAGUACUGUGGGGGUGGCGGGGGUGCUGGGGGUAGUGGGCACGGGGCUGGUGCAGGUCGGAAGGGACUAUUGAGCCAGGACAACCUGACCAGCAUGUCCCUCUGACCCAUGGCGGGGUCUCCAGCCACAGCAGCUGAGUCCCCUGACGGGGCUACCCUGGACUUGGGGUCCCUCCACCUGGGGUCCCCUGGACACUGUCCACAGAGACCUCUAGUUUCCUUCCUCCUGUGGUCCCCAGACAGGGCCUUCGUCUGCAUUCAGCAAUUAUUUAUUGAAUACCUACUGCGUGCCAGGCACUGUUGAAGGCACUGGGCAGAGUAGGAACUGAGACAAGAUUCCCUGACCUCGUGGGACUUGGAUUCUAGUGAAGGGAGACAAUCAGCGCACACGUGCGUGCACACACACAGACAUACACGAGUAAGAUCAUUUCAGGGAGGAAGAAAUGCUGUGAGAUGUCAACAGGAUGUGGCUGUGAGAGACCGUGCUGUCAAGUCAGUCAGUUGGGCCUUCUGAGAAGCUAGACUCAAAGACUGAGCAGGAACUGGCUGUGGGAAGAGCUGUAGGAAGUGGGUUCCAGGCAGAGGGAACUGCAAGGACAAAGGCCCUGAGGUGGGAACCAGCUUCUUUUAUUGGAAGCAUCAGAAAGCUGGCUAGUGUGACCCAGGGCGAGUGUGAAGAGGAGAUGAGGUUGGGGACAGGCAGGCCGGAUCACCCGGGGCCUGUGGGCCCCAGAUGGGUUUGGGGUUUUAUUCUCAGGAUGAUGGGAAGGUGUUGGACGGUUUUAUGAGGGGGAAUGACAGGAUCUGAUGUACUUAUUUAAGAGGUCACUCAGCUGUGGUGUGGAGAAUGGAUUGGAGAGAGUGAGAGAGGCAGCAGGGGGACAAGAGGACAAUGGGUCAGGUCAGGGUGGUGGCCAUGAGGGAAAGUCAGAGACAAAUGCAGGAUGUAUGUGGAAGGAUAUAAUGAUGGCAUGGAUGUCAGGGUGAGGGAGGGGAGGAAUCCAUGAUGACCUCAACUUUGGCCUGAACUGUGGGUGGAUGGUGAGGUUGUUUAUUAAGAUGGGACUGACUAGGGCUUGUGGGAAAGAUCAGGAGUCCAGUUUUAGACCCAGGAUGUCCUUUAGACAUCUCUUCUGCUAACCAGGUUAGCAGAAACCACUCUGAGUGUUUCGGCAGAAGGAACUGAGCGCAGGGGAUUAGCUGUACUGGUGAGGGAUGCAGCUGAUUAGAGGUAGGACAGUGAAGCAGCCUAGGGGCCAGUGCGAACAGGAGGCUGCUGCAGCCACCCCUAGGCUGGAGGGACAAGGCUCAGGUGCUGUUACCUGAUUCCAGGACUAGGGUCACCUGGCUCAGAGGGAGCUCGAGGAGACAAAGGAGAUGCUUCCCGAGGCACAGUGUGGCAUGGGGGGAUACCAAGGUUGGAGAUAGAAACGUGGAGUCAUCAAUGUAUAGCUUUCUUCCCAGACAAUGCUGCCUUGAAGACUGGGCUGCCCCAGCUACCACCUUGGACUUCUGAGCUCCUCUUCUUGAGGCCCCCCUCCCCCUUCUAGCCAUCUUGAACUUGGGAUUCUCCUUUCCCAAGACUCUAUCCCCUUGCUGCCUUGACCCUGGGGAGCUGGGCCCUCUGUCUUCCCCUCUGCUGGGGGCCUCAGUCUAAAAGGCCAUCUGAAAGAGGGGGGAGUAAUGGAUGCAACAAAUAAAGAGUGUGGGAAGGCUUGUGUCCAAGGGCUAUCUACAUGCCAGAGAUGGGGUGUCUUGGCUCUCAGAACCAGCACCCAAGCGCUGAAUAAAUUGGAUAAAUGCAUUUGUCGUGGUGCCCCCUCCAAGCCACGUGGCCUGGCUCCUUGCUGCCCCUUCUAGGCAGGAGUUGGAGUGAUGCCACUACAGAAGCUCUUGUUCCCCAGAAGGGACAAACCUAGGGGAUGUGAGGGCAAUGAGGCCUUUGAUCCUUCCCCAGGGCCCUGUCACAGGGACACCCCAGUUUGUCUCAGGAGGGGAAACAGAUUGCCUUAGUCCCAGGCUUGGGUUUAAUUCUGGCCCCCGAUGUAAGAGAAUAGUUCAGGCAGCACAGAGACUGAAAUGAGGCCCUAGCACGGUGAGCUCUCUAAUUCAAGCAAGCUCUCACUGCCCAAACAGAAAGCAUCAUGGGAGUCUUUAUCUGCCACUCCCCUGGGCAAGCAAGAGCCCUGAUGUGAGGAGAGGUGGGAGCGGGAGGUCUCUAUCCCCUCUGGCAGCCUUGCUCAGUGUGGGAGUCUUGCUAGGAGUGUCAAACAGUGUACCUCUCUGUACCAGCUGGCCCCUAGGCGUAAGCUGGCGGUUUCGUCUGAUGUUUAGCCAAGGACAUGGCAAUGAGUUGGAUUAAGGUGGUGUGUGUGUUCUGUGAAUAUCAUAGUAUUUUCAGAAUUUAUGGCAAUUUAAGGGAUUUUCAGGGAUUAUUCUGCCCACACGUUUUGCCUUUAGGAGCUGAGGGUAGUACCUAACCUCCAAGACAUGACUGUGAACUUGUGUUUACUGAGUACCAUAUGCUAGACAGUUUCCCUGGCAUAUUAAUGCUGUGGUUUCAUUUGACACUUCAAACCACCGUAUGAGGUAGGUACCGUGUAAUCCCCAUAUUGCAGAUGAGAAAACAAAAGUUCAUAGACAUUAUUUAGCUGUUAAGUGAUAGCUGCCAUUUGAACCCAGGCCGUCUGACUCUCAGAUCCACGUGCCUGACCAGCAUGCUCUUCCACCGCCCUAGGAGGGAACCCUUUACAUAGCACAGGUCAACCCAGCUGAGACCUGUCCCAGAGCAGAGUGGGAGCUAAGGACAGGCGUUCAAAAUGGCCAGUUUCUGCUGGAGAUAAAACAGAAUUUCCCUAGUGGGGAGCUAACCAGCAUCGGGAUGCGCUGCCUGAGAGAGUCUUGGAGCCAGUGGAGAGUUUACCCUGCAUGACCACGAAGGAACUAAGGUGGGUCUUCAAGACUCCUCUGUGUUAUGCUUGGACCCUUUGGUGAGAGCUCUUCCUAGCCGUCACCCUGUGACUUUGCCUUCCUAAACAGAGCAUUUGCACUGUGACUGGACCUCUGGGACGCAGAGCCACUCUCCCUCCAACUCCUGUCACUGCUGUGCAGAUGCCCCUGUACAAAUGCCCCAUAGCACAUGUUCCUCCUCCCUCCAUGUCAGCCCUUCAGCUGUCACCUCUCUCCAGUUUCCAUGCACCUGAGUGCAAGGUUCAUGGCAGGAAGAGAGAAAGCCUUGGCAUGGGAGGCUUGAGGCCUGGAUUCGAGCCCAGGGGUGGCCACUGACGCCCUAUGGACUUCAGGAAAGGUGGGGGGGGGGGACAUUUUACCAAGGGCCUACAACAAUCUGGGCACUGUGCUGGCUGCUUGGCAUGAGGCUUUUAAUCUUCCCAACAUCACUGCUGGGAGCUAUAGUUCUGUUCCUCUCUUUUGUGCAUUUGGAAGCUAAGUCCCUUGCCUAAGAACUCAGGCCUGAUUAAUAGGCAAGCGAAGAUUCAGACACAACCUGUGUGACUCUCCAUUGACCCUCACACAUUACCUCUAAAAUCACUUCCCUUUUCUAAGCCCAUGUCCCGCACCUGUGGUCACUCAUAUCUCCACCUACAAUGGGUCCCACACUGUGCUAGGUGCUGGGGAUGCAGCAGUGAAGAAGGUCUCUGCUUUCAUGGAGCUGACAAGCCAGUGGAAACCCCAAUAGUAGGUAAAGGAUGCGGUAUGUUGGGAGAUGACCAGAAGGACAAGGCAGGGAAGGCGGGGAGAGGGUACUUGCUGUUUAAUGUAAAGUGGGAAGGGAAGGCUCUCGCAUAGGACAACAUGUGAGCUGAAUGAAGGAAUGAACCAUAGGGACAUCUGAGGGAAGAGAAUUCCAAGUUGAGGGAACAGCCAAUGCAAAGGCCCUCAUGUGGUUGGAGUGGAGGGAAUAAGGAGAAGACAAGGUCACAGAGGGAACAAGAGGCAGAUCGUGCAGGUCCUUGGCCAUAGUGAGGACUCUGGUGUGUGCUCUGUGUGGGAGGAGCCAUGAGAGGGUUCUGAGCACAGGAAGGUUGUGACCUAACUCAGGUGUUCUCUGGGCUCCUCCUCAGGUAAGAGACUAAGGGGCGGGGGGGCUCCUGCGUUCAUUUAGGCUGAAGAAGAGCGUGGCUGGAGCAAGGUGGGGCAGUGGAGUGGGGAGAAGUGUGAUUGUGGAUAUAUUCCCAAAGUAGAACCAAGAGAAUUUGUCCACAGAUUGAACAUUGAGAGACAAAGUGACUGAGCAACUUGAAGGACGAGGCUUGCUAUUUCCUGACAUGGGGAAGACUGUGAGAAGAGCAGGUUUGAGGGGGAAAUCAAGUGCUGGGUUUUGGACAUGUUAAAUUUGAGAUGCCUAUUAGAUAUUCAGAGUGAAGAUGUCAUUUGAUAGUUGGAUACACAGGUCCAGAGAGAAAGAGAGAGAGAUGGAUAACAGCAAAUAAUACAAACAAUAUAUUAAUAUUAGAAUAGUUGUAAUAGUAUACAUAAAAUAAUAAUAACAACAACAGUUUGUUGAGUUCACUCUUUGGCCUUUCCAUCUCUUGCUCUCACAGUCACCAUAUGACAUAUUAGGGAUUAUCCUCAUAGGAGGAAAUAGACUCAGAAAGGUUUAUUAAUUCACAAAGAUAACGGAGCUAAGUGGCAAGAGUCAAGAUUGGAUCCUAGGUCUGUCCAGUUUGGAGACCAGGACCUUUCCUAAUCUGCUAGUUGCUUUUGCAGUAAAGAGGGUGGGUUGAACUGGACAAUCGUUAAGGAUUCCUUUCAGCUCCAGAGAACCUUAAAUUGGGCAGUUCUCUGCUCUGGGGACAGAGGACCUCCAAACGUGUUAGAAUUGUGUAUAGGCCAAGAGUCCACAGGUUUAGAAUGAGCAGAGGGGCUCUCCUAAAUUUUUCUCUGAACUUGAGUGUCUGGACUCAACCAAGACAGCGUUUCUGGUUUUGCUUAUUUUUAGGAUCUGGGCAGAGUCUCAGGUAGGCUGCUAAGGCGUGAGUGGUUUUACUUUGUUAGUGAGGACUCCCUGGCUUGGAGAGGGAAGAGACUUGCCAAUGUCAUACGCAGCAGGAACUCCUCCUUCCACACCUAGGCAUCUUCCUUGUGUCCCCUCCUCCCUCACCAUACCUCCUUCUCCACCCAGAUUCCUUCCAUGGGACAAAAUGGAUGUAGGCGGAGUUGGUUUUCAAGUUUUUAUUGCGGGUGUAUUUCUGGUGGCCUGAUAUGGGGGAGGGGCAGGUCCUCCCAGGAGCGGGCAGUGGUGGCCAGGCGUGACAGGUGGAAAAGGAGAAGGGAGAGAACUUUUUUACUCUCGAAUCUUCAGUUCCCGCGCCAUCUGACAGAGGGCGCAGGGCAAGCAAAAGGUGAGGGCCGCCCAGUCGUGCCCGACAGAGCCCUAGAGGGUGGGAGAGAGAGGUUAGGAGCCCGCCUUGCGUCCCAGGAGGCCACUCCCCAGCCCCUGCUCCCGCGGGUGGCUGGCCCUGUGCGCACCUGGAUGUGGUAGCGCUCGCGCAUGCCGGUGCGGAUGGAGUGCAAGCCUCCGGGCAGAGGCGGGUCUGACACGGGAGGCCUCCGGAAUCUAGCUGUGAUAAGCUACCCAUGACGUCAAUCACUAUCAUCCAGCCAAUAGACACGUUCCACCUCCUACCUCCCCGGGCCACACAAGACGCGUUCCCUGGAGGCGGGGCCACGGCCCAAGUCGGACAGCGAUAGGCUCUUGAAGACGCCAGUCCUGCCAGCCUGCCAAUAGGCCGGGAACCUGCGGAGUAGGAAUACAAGCCCGCUCCGCAGAGGCUGGAGCCGGCUUGUGAGGGAACAGGUUCUGAGGAUCCGGCCAGGUAAACCCUUUCCAGCAUGCCUGGUAUUGCGACUUUGGACAUAGCUCGGCUGGGAAACAGUGGUACUUGUGCUCCCCGAAGGACACCAGCCCAAUGGAGAUGGUCUGCAGGAAUGGCCGGAUGGCGGGUGUGAACUGUGGAGAGAUGCCACUGCGUCACCCAGUGCCCAGGAGAGGAAGAGGGGCCAGCAGGAGUGAGGGGCAGAGACGGGGAGGGGGUAUGGCGCAGUCAUUCAGCAAACACUUAGUGAGCUCCCACUGUGUACCAGGCACUGCUCUAGUGCCUUCAUGGUGCUGAUGCUGUCGAAGGGAAGACAGACAAUAAGCAAAUAAAGACAUGCCAUAUAAUGUCAA